UUUCACGUUCCAUAAUUUCUUCAACACCUCUUUUUCUUGACUCAUGUUCAAUCUUCAUCUUAAACCACUUCUCUUCUUCUUUUUCUUCUACAUGCAAUAUCUACCCAAUGAAGGACUUGUCCUUCUUUCUCCUCAAGAACUCUCUCGGAGCGAAAAUGAGGAAAGGGUUCAAAAGCUUCUGCAACAAUGAUGGCUCCACCUCUACUCUCAACCAACGUCGAGAAAUCCCCCUACCCAUCGUCGACCCCUUGGACAAUACAGGUUCGGAGCAAAGCCCUCCAACUUUGGAGGAGAUGAUAAUUCAGUUAGAGUUAGAAGAGAAGAUGGCGGUGAGGAAGGCUAAGCUUGAUGAGUAUGGUGAAGUGCGACGCAGAAUGUCAUGUGUUAACAACUCUGACAUACUAAGAUCUGCGAGGAACGCGUUGAAUCAGUACCCUAGGUUUUCUCUUGAUGGGAAGGAUGCCAUGUAUCAGUCUUCGUUCCGAAACCUGCCACCUAUCAACACUGCAGGUGGGAGGAAGUCAAUUUGCUGCGAAUACGGGUUAAGGAAGGGCAUGUACAAGGAUGGUUCCGAUUCAAAAGGAGAGAAAGUGCCAUGUUUGCCACAAAAAUUAGCAGGAGAGAGAGUGGUUUGGUGCAAACCUGGGGUGGUGGCUAAGUUGAUGGGGCUUGAAGCCAUGCCAGUUUCAAUAGGUAGCAAGAGAAGUAAAGAAAGAUUGAGCUCAGCUAUUAGGAUGCAAAAUCUGAAGAGGAGAACUGAAAGGCAUGAUAAGGACAGAAGAGUUGUCAUGGAUCUGAAUGGAUGUGGUGAAAGAAAAAGAGGGAUACGAGGUUCGUGUUCAACCACCGAAUACUGUGUUAUGAAGCCGAUAGCUGUAGAGACAGCGAAGGAUGAAGCAGGUUGGCCAAUUCGUCGUUUCCUAUAGAAUAUAGCUGAGUUGGGAUUUGAAUGUGCUUGAUAAAAGAUUACUUAACAAUGUUACAAUAUAUAUAUAUAUAUAUAUAUAUAUAUAUAUAGAUAUGUUGCCUGGUUUGAUUUGCAAGAAAGCAAUAACUGUGUACAGUAUGUAUAUGCAUAUCUAUAUCAUUGUACUAGGAGAUUGGGAGCUAUGGUUCGCAAAUGAGCUUGAAAUAUUGUACAGUUGGCUUUUCUUAGAGGACUUGCAUGCGGAGCUGGCAAUUUCGUAGGGUUUCUAAUUCUACGGAUCUUUGGAGCCCUUAGUCCAAUCUUUGGUUUUGAAUGUAUUUUGACAUCCUUGUUUCUCUUGUUAUUGGGGAAUUGAAAUACAUUCUUCUUGGAAUUGAUGAAGCAAAGCUCCACACACCCCAAUUAUCGAAAAAAAAAUACAUUCUUUUAUAAAAGGAACAAGAUGGGCUACGAAUAGUUGAAGAUUUUGUAUUUGUACACUUCAACCCCUUCUUUUAUAGGUAGAGCUACACAAUAUAAUGAGGGUGAGACUAUGAUGUGGGAUGUUGAGGGACAUAUAUUUGAUUCCUUAGAGUAUAGUGAGAUAUUUAAGAUUGCAAAUUUUCCGAGACCCAUUUUAAGGCCAUACCAUAUAUCAAUGAGGGUAUUGGAACGAUGAUGAGCUUUCGGAAGAUCCGGCCAAAUGAAGAGGAUUGUGGAGUGUCUUUUUAAUUCCUUUUUCUUUCUUUUUUUUCCGUCUGUGUGUGUUAUGUUAUUGAAUUUAUAAUGUGUACCUGAUGAAUGAUUAAUGAUAAAAAUGUUGAAGCUGGUUCACCUUA